AUGAAGGCCUCGAAUCAUAUCGCCCUUGUGCUCGCGGCUGGCGUCGCUGCGGACAGAACUUUUGUUGUCUAUAACGCCUGCCCGUUCACGAUCUGGCCCGCUAUAUACACUGGCACAGGAAACUCCACCCCGGACUAUGCGACGGGAUGGGAAGCGGAAGAGUACACCUCUGUCUCCUUCUCCGUGCCCGACGACUGGACGGCAGGUCGCAUAUGGGCAAAUCAAUUCCGUGGUUCAAGCGGCCGUCGCGACUGUGAUUUUACCGUCAGCAACCCUGCGACGCAAUGUGCAGACGGCGGGUGCAACGGGGGUCUCGAAUGCAGCACGGACGGAGGAACGGGCGUGCCACCUGCUACUCUGGCCGAGUUCACCCUAGGUGGCUCGACGGGCGACCCGGACUAUUAUGACGUCUCACUCGUCGAUGGGUAUAACCUCCCGGUGAGCAUCACCAACAACGUCAACUGUAGCGUCGCCGACUGCCCGGUUGACCUUGGACCCGACUGCCCCUCUGCGCUGAUCGGGCCGUACGAUUCGACCGGCUUUCCCGUAGGCUGCAAGAGUGCUUGCGAGGCCAAUCUGGAUGGAGACCAAACCAACUCGCCGAACUGCUGCAGCGGCGACUAUGACACCCCCGCCACGUGCCCGUCUUCCGGGGUGCAAUACUAUUCGUACUUCAAGGAUAACUGCCCGAACUCGUACUGCUAUGCGUACGACGAGAGCAGCGGCACGGCCCUCUGGGAGUGCGACUCAAGCCUCGCCGCGGACUAUACUGUGACCUUCUGCCCCUCCUCCUCUGAGGAUUCGACGAAUCACCCCGUCGUUCGCGGUCCGAGGAUGAAUGGCACUUUCUUGCUUUAA